UUUUCAAACUGGUGAUCCCUAACCAUGUUCGUUUCUUAAUCAAUAGAUCCCUUGCUUGGAAGCGUGUGGAGCUUGUUUACGCGAAACUGUGACAUCAACAUAGACUCAAAUUGCAGAUUGGGGUGAAAUUAAAUUGAAAGUAUUUCAAAACUAAGUGCAAUUAUUGUUAAACAAUAACUCCAUAAAAUGGCUCCACCCACCGAGGAAGAAGUCAAACAAAAACAAUGGUCCGAACAAGAACGCCUUGAGUUGGCAGCAAAACUCGAUGCAGAACUGGAUGAUUUCAUCAAUAGUCUAGAACGAAAACGUUAUGAAGAAGGCUGGCCAGAGGAUCGUUGGCAGGAGGAAAUGGACAAACAUCCGUUCUUUAUGAAGCGUGAACCCCAGCCAGGCGAUGAGAUACAUCCAAUGUUUGAAGGAUUACAGAAACUGAAGUAUGAUCCUGAAGAGAACACCUGUGAAGAAUUGGCUCUAAAUUACAAAGAAGAUGGUAAUUUCUAUAUGAAGCACAAAAAGUUCCGUAUGGCUGUUUACAGUUUUACCGAAGGCCUCAAGGCCAAGUGUGAGAAGCCUGAGGUGUUGUCUGUGCUGUAUAACAAUCGUUCAGCAGCUCAGUUCUUUUUGAAGAAUUAUAGAUCCUCCCUGGCUGAUGCCCAAAAAGCCUUAGAAUAUAACCCCGAAUAUGCCAAAGCACGCUGGCGUGCCGCACAAUGUGCCUAUGAGCUGGAAAGAUUUGAUCUAUGUACAGAACUGUGUGAAGAAAUUAUUGAACGUGAUCCCAACAACCAAGACGCCCAAAAUCUAUUGAAAAAGAACAAAACCAAAAAACAAGACAUUGAACGAAACAAACGCAAAGAAAUGGCAUUGGAAAAGAAAAAAUUACAACGUUUCCAUAAUCUCUUGAGGGCAUUGGAUGAGCGAAAAAUUAAAUUUGAUGAUAUUAAACCGGGACGACCGAUAAACGAAGAAUUGCUGAGACCAAAAUUUUUACCUCUCGAAGACUAUCCAGUGCACUUAGAUGAAGAUAAUACGACAUUGGUGUGGCCAGCGGCUUUCCAAUAUCCUGAAUUUAUGUACAGUGAUUACCAGCAACAACUGUCCGAGGAGGCAACUAUGCUUGAUGUUUUAGAUGCCCUCUUUGCCGAACCUUUACCCUUGGACAAAACCGGCAGCUAUGGAGCGGAUAAAGUAAAUGUCUAUUAUGAAAAUCGCAAGGUUGGCUGUGUCCACAAAGUCAAACUGGAAAAGACCAUCAAGGAGAUUUUGCAAGAAAAGGGUUUCUUUGUUACUGGUGGCUCUUUAUUGUUCUAUAUCGUGCCCAAGGAUUCACACACAGAAAAGAUAUUCGUGAAUGAAGAAAGACGUUGUUUAUUUAAGUAAAAA